CAGCCCAAAUCAUAAGCAUCUACUAUCAAUGAUUCUUCAACAUUUUCUCUCUCCUCCCUCUUCUUCCUGUCCAAUUUCACCCAAAUGUCCAGUACCCAUCACCCAAUAAUCCAUGACAAUCAAAUCAAAUCAAAACUUUAAUUGAACCACAAAUUAUUCAAACUUCCCGAGAAGAAUUUACCCUGAAUCUAUGGCUACUUCUUCUGCACUUUGUACUGUUUCUUUUCAUUGUACAUCAUCUUCUUUUUCUUCUGCAAGUAGUAAAACUACCAUGUAUUCUCCCCCUUCUUGUUCUUGCUCUUUUUCUACAAAUUCAUGCCUCAAAACCCUCAAUUUUUCACUCUCCUCACGACUUUCUCAAAUGGGUUUGUGCAAUUUUACUCCCUGGAAUGGUCUUAAACACUUGGGUAUCUCAAUUUCAGCAAAACCUCAAAAAAUUGGAAAGAGAGCUAAAUGUAGAGGGAAGGUUGUUUAUGCUUCAUUGUUUGGUGUCGGAGCUCCUGAAGCUUUGGUAAUUGGGGUUGUUGCUUUGUUGGUUUUUGGUCCUAAAGGACUUGCUGAGGUUGCUCGAAAUCUGGGUAAAACCCUGCGUGCUUUUCAGCCUACCAUUAGAGAGCUUCAGGAUGUUUCUAGGGAUUUCAAAAGCACCUUGGAGCGGGAAAUUGGUCUUGAUGAUGAUGAUCCAAGGAAAGUAAGACCCACAUAUGAAUCAAACCCAGCAGAUUUCACCCCAAAUUCUUCAAUUUCCAGCACAGAGGAGUCACAAACUGUGCCUUUCUCUGACCCAAAUGGUUCUCUGUCUAACAAAGCAUAUUCUAGUGAGGAUUACUUAAGGAUUACAGAGCAGCAGCUGAAAGCGCAGCAGGAAGCCAUGUCCUCUCCAUCAGAAAGCCAGGUUGAACCUGACAGUCAGCCUCAAGCUUUACAGCAAGAUGUCAUGUCCUCUCCGCCAGAAACCCAGAUUGGUCCUGAGAGUCAAGCUCAAGUUGUACAGCAAGAAGAUGUGCCAUCUCCACCAGAAAACACAAUUGAACCUGACAGCCAACCUCGAGUUGUUGUUCAAGAAACUGCGACUGCUGCGCCUUCAGUCCAGAAAUCUGAGAUUGAUUCAUGAGCUAUUCAUUGGGGUUGCUUGGAUCCCACAAUCUGCAUAAAUUUUUUCUUGCUGAUCAGUGCCUUUAUUGAUCUCAGCGAGGAACAAUGAGGCAGUCUGAGCACCUAGAUGUUCCUCUUGCAAUUGGUUACUUUGUUCACUGGGAAGAUUAAUGUACGUACUGCUGGAUGCUGAGCCUUUUGACAUUAGAGUAGUUCAUGAAAUUUUGACCUUCUCGAGCUUUGUAAAACCAAAGAUGCUCUCAUUUUGCCGCAUCAGUCAGUGUUAGAUAGCGCACUUGUUGUAUUGAUGAAACAUUCAUCUUGUAAAUGUUUGUUGUAUUCUUUGUGCUGGAAGUUAGAAGUGUAAUGAAGAGAGGAAAGCUGGUUAAUAGGUUUCUAUUUAAUAGAUUGUUUGAGAUACAGAAGGUUAAGGUUCGGAAUUUAUUUUAAUGAACUAACACAACUUAUCAUCUUA